AUGUCCACUCCAGCAAACGUCAACCAACCCGCAAAAUCCGACUCUUCGUGGAAACAAGGCCUUAUAUCGCCGCCAAAGGACAACCGAGUCAAAACGCAAGAUGUGCUGACUGGAUCCAACGUCGAGUGGGAAGACAUGUAUCUACGCCGUGAACUGCUCAUGGGCAUCUUUGAAGAAGGUUUCGAACGCCCAUCGCCCAUCCAAGAAUCCUCCAUCCCAAUCGCUCUCUCCAAACGCGACAUUCUCGCCCGCGCAAAGAACGGAACGGGAAAGACUGCCGCUUUUGUCAUCCCAUCUCUCCAGCAAGUUAAUACCGCUAUUCCAAAGAUUCAAGCUCUCCUCCUCGUCCCAACACGAGAACUCGCCCUCCAGACAUCGCAAGUGGCCAAGAAUUUGGGCAAGCAUAUCGCUGGUCUCCAGGUCAUGGUUUCGACCGGAGGAACAACAUUAAAGGAUGACAUUCUCCGUCUCAACGAACCCGUGCACGUCCUCGUCGGCACACCGGGCAGAAUAUUGGAUCUCGCGAGCAAGGGUGUUGCAGACCUCAGCGAGUGCCGUGUCUUUGUCAUGGACGAAGCCGACAAGCUGCUCAGUCCCGAGUUCACUCCGAUCAUGGAAAAUCUCCUGGGACUCCUACCCGAGGAGCGACAAGUCAUGCUCUUCAGUGCUACGUUCCCGCUUAUCGUCAAGGACUUUAAAGAGAAGCACAUGCGCAAGCCUCACGAAAUCAACCUCAUGGAGGAGCUCACGCUCAAGGGUGUCACCCAGUAUUACGCAUUUGUUGAAGAGAGACAGAAAGUACAUUGUCUCAACACACUGUUCUCCAAGCUUCAAAUCAACCAGUCUAUCAUCUUCUGUAACUCGACCAACCGUGUAGAACUUCUCGCGAAGAAGAUUACGGAGCUCGGCUACUCGUGCUUCUACAGCCACGCAAAGAUGCUACAGAGCCAUCGUAAUCGCGUCUUCCACGACUUUCGCAACGGCGUCUGCCGAAAUCUCGUCUGCUCCGACCUGCUUACCCGCGGUAUCGAUAUUCAAGCCGUCAACGUCGUUAUCAAUUUUGAUUUCCCCAAGAAUUCGGAAACGUAUCUCCAUCGUAUCGGUCGUUCUGGUCGCUUUGGUCACUUGGGCUUGGCCAUCAAUCUGCUAACUUACGAGGAUAGAUUCAAUUUGUACACUAUUGAGCAAGAGCUCGGCACCGAGAUUCAACCCAUCCCCCCUGUCAUCGAACGUGGUCUCUACGUCGCGGGUGCCGCCCCUCCAUCGAAUUUGGCGACUGGAACUGCAAGCAAAUCGGGAAGUGGAACUUCGACGCCGCGUCCGAACGCAAACGACGACCAGUCGAAGCAGGGUAAUGGACAAACCUAUACUCCUGCAACUAUUCCAAGCGGGUCCAAUGCCGCCAUGAUUGCUCGAGCUCAAGGAAUUUACCAGCAGGGGCCGCAGUAUCAACAACAAGCCCAGCAGCCUCAGCUACAGCCUCAACAGCAACAACAAACCUACGAGGCUCAGGGCCCUCAGCGUGGUGGAUACGGUGGUGGACGGGGCCGUGGACGUGGGGGACCUCAACGGGGAACUCCUCGUGCCUCCCCCGCUCCGCCUGCCAACGGCACCAUGGCCUAA